AGGAAAAGUAUUUGUAUGAUACCAGACACUUUUGGCUUGGGUACCCGAAUCAUGUAAGUGAUAUUAUUAACUUGUUAACAUUGACCAAAAAAUAUUUUUCUAUUAAUAUACUGUCGUAACGUUAUGUAUUUAACUUUUUUACAGGAUCUUUCAGACGGAAUUUAUUAUUAUUACAUCAUUGAAUUGUCAUUUUAUACUUCUUUACUACUCUCACAAUUUGCGGAUGUUAAAAGAAAGGUAGGUUUUAGCAUGGAUAAUAAAAUAAAUGGAUAGGAAACUAGCUGACGUGACCUAAUGUUUUCAAUGGGCUGAUGGCGUGGUUGAAUGUUCAAACCUAGUUGCAAACCAAAUUCUCAAAAACGGCAUGUUUAGCAAUAAUACAGCUAAACAUUUUAGUCAAAGAGCAAAUAAAUAUAACUACGCCAUUCUACGAUGAAAUCUCUUAGUAUUCCCGGUCAAUUUUAGCAAAUAUUUCAAGCACUAAACAGUGAUUUAGAAAAAUGCAUCGCAAAUUUCGUUAAAAUUGGCGACGCCAAUUUCGUAGCUACAAAUGUAAAAAAUACAAAACAAAGACGAAAAACAUUUACCUUGAAUACUUUGUCGUGGCUUAGGCAUGUUUUUAAAACAAUUAGACCAGUUUAUGCUUCAAUAUUACUCUUUUAAAGCGGAAAAUAUAGCGAAACAACGAAAAUGCUGAGAAGUUUGGCAGUGCGCGUGACGUCACAGAUUGCAACUAGGUUUAGACUGUGACGUCAGGAAGUUUCCUAUCCAGUUAUUUUACAAUCCAUUGUUUUAGGUCACUUCGCUUGAUAUUGAGCUUAAGCAAGCGACGUUUUUUUCAACACGAACGUCACCCGAAAAUUGGUAUAAGUAAUUUUGGCUGCAUUGUGCAUCAUAGCGCUCGUGUAAGGAAGCAAAAAACUUUGAAAAUCUUAUGUUUUGUCAUAUGUGUUGAAGAUUACCACAAACUGACACAAACACAGUUUUUAAUCCAGUCCCCUUGCGGCAAUCUGACGCUGCCUCCUCCGCAGGCCCUCGUUGCGUCAUGGGAAGGUCACGAUCUGGCGAGGGCCUGCGGAAUCUUGUAAAAAAAAUGGCGCCGGCGUCACGUCAGCAAGUAAAUUUCUACAUAAUAUUGAAUAUAAACAGGAUAUAAAAAAGCGGUGUGAAACUUAUAAAUUAAACUGGCGACUCUUAGGACGUGGAAGGAAGCAUUUUUUAACGAUAAGGUUUGUUGUCCACACCAACGUUGCACGAAUAAAACUGCCUUCUUUGACGAAGCAGGUUCAAAACAACAUUUAUUCAUUUUACAAGAUUCCGCAGGCCCUCUCGAAAUCGUGACCUUCCCAUGACACAACGAGGGCCUGCGGAGGAGGCAGAAUCUGACGUCCGUGUUGAGAAAAACGUUGCUUAUUUAAGCUCCCUGAACAAAUAAUAUACCCAGCUAGGGUUCAGAUUAGGUAGCAGCAUUGGCCCUAAAGGUUUUUGAUAUUCGAUAGAAAUUUGAAAUAAUUUAGGUUUGGAGAUUCAUCAUGUCAUUCCGAAUUUCGACAGUAUUUCAGCCUUUCCUUCCGAUUUAAUUAUUGUUUAGGAAAAUAAACAUUAAACUGAGAAUAUGUAAAAAAUAUUCUGACCAACACCGACCCGAAAUUGGGAAUAAUAACCUAAUUAAUGGAACGGUUCUGUGGAAAUCCAGGUGUAGAAACUACCCUCCAAACAGAGACGUGCCGAGCGACAUCUGGUUGGGGGGUGAAUUCUAAAAUUUGGGCCCCCUUCCUUUCGGCCCCGCCCCCCCUCAAAAAAAAUUCCGGAAAGCAAAAAUGUUCCCACACAUUUUGCGAUAAUGGGGGGUUAAAAAUACUUUUUCAGACCUUUUUCGAUCUCAAUUUUUCAAAAUAUUCCUUAAUAUUUAACACGUUCCGCAAUUCCAGCAUUCCGGGGCUCCCUCUGGGGAAGUUGGCCCCCCCUUUCUUGACUUUUCUUUCCCCACCCCCCCCCCAGUAGUUCCGUCCCUGCCUCCAAAUCGUCACUGUUCCUGCCAAUCUAUUGAUCAUGUAGAAAUUUUAAUAUGACUCUACGCUGAUGUUGCAUAGAAGAUGUGUAAUUUCCGAUUCCCAUCUCGUCCAAACAAUAAGAAUUGUGCAGGUUACUUACAUACGUGUGCUCUGUUUACCAUUAUUUCAGGAUUUUUGGAUCCAAACUAUUCAUCACGUUGUCACAAUAUCUCUCCUAGUCUUUUCUUAUACAUGUAAUUUUGUGCGAGUUGGUGCUGUUAUAUUAUUGGUUCAUGAUGUCUCGGAUGUUAUACUGGAGGUAAAAACUGUUAUUUAUGAAAACAUCGUUUAUGUGAGGUUGAAAAUUACUGCGAAAUUCGUUGUCUACACACAUAAAAACGCUCAGAUCUGCAAACAUUAGUUGUAAUGGGGUUAUUGUCAAGCCGAUGUGUUCGCACUGUUUCUUCCCAGUUGUUUUGACAAGUCGGGAACUUGUCAAGUUGCGAUCACCUUGUAACAAGGUAGACGACGAUAGCAGACUUGCUACAAGUUCUUCCAACAGGGCUAAUUAUUUAUCGAUCCUUUUCAUUAUUGCAUAUUUAUCCUACUGCAUGUUAUUGAAAACAAAGUCAAAAGAAUGUCUUGGACGUUUAAUUAUGCGAUUAAGGACGCUUUAAUUGAGUGUAUUGAAAAAUGUACUUAGAGAUCUAAGCACUUUCGUUCACUUCUCAUGGGAGGGACACAGUAAUGUGCAUAUAAUUAUAGGGGACACCAUAUCGCGACUAGUUUCUGGUGGGACACAAUUUGCGGUGGAGACAAUUUUAACCUUCAAUUUAUUUAUUUGAACAUUAUUUGAAUCCCAUAAUACCAGUGGCGCAGCCAGCCCGACAAUUUGGUCAUGCUAUGCAAAUAUAUUUGUGUUCAUAAACCGUGAAAACAAUCAAUUUCUAAAGAAUUGAAUAAUGAUAAUGAUUUGAAAUUUGCAUAGCAUGACCAAAUUGUCGGGCUGGCUACGCCACAGCAUAAUACCAUGCAUAUUGAACAAAAUAUGCCCUAUUUUCAUGGUAGUCGAACCAUUUUUUCUUUUCUAGGGUGGUAAAGUAUCUAAAUAUCUCUGUUCUGUUGUGAACAUUCAAAAACUUUGUGAUGUAAUAUUUGGAGUGUUUGCUGUUGUGUUUUUCAUUAGUAGACUUGUUAUUUUUCCUUGGUGGUAAGUAAUUUUAACCACGUAGCUGGAACACGAUUGGCUGUUGGUUUUACAGGUCGUGUUACAUGUCGUGUUACAUGUCGUGUUACAGGUCGUGUUACAUGUCGUGUUACAUGUCGUGUUACAGGUCGUGUUACAUGUCGUGUUACAUGUCGUGUUACAUGUCGUGUUACAUGUCGUGUUACAUGUCGUGUUACAUGUCGUGUUACAUGUCGUGUUACAUGUCGUGUUACAUGUCGUGUUACAUGUCGUGUUACAUGUCGUGUUACAUGUCGUGUUACAUGUCGUGUUACAUGUCGUGUUACAUGUCGUGUUACAUGUCGUGUUACAGGUCGUGUUACAUGUCGUGUUACAUGUCGUGUUACAUGUCGUGUUACAGGUCGUGUUACAUGUCGUGUUACAUGUCGUGUUACAUGUCGUGUUACAUGUCGUGUUACAUGUCGUGUUACAUGUCGUGUUACAUGUCGUGUUACAUGUCGUGUUACAUGUCGUGUUACAUGUCGUGUUACAUGUCGUGUUACAUGUCGUGUUACAUGUCGUGUUACAUGUCGUGUUACAUGUCGUGUUACAUGUCGUGUUACAUGUCGUGUUACAUGUCGUGUUACAUGUCGUGUUACAUGUCGUGUUACAGGUCGUGUUACAUGUCGUGUUACAUGUCGUGUUACAUGUCGUGUUACAUGUCGUGUUACAGGUCGUGUUACAUGUCGUGUUACAUGUCGUGUUACAUGUCGUGUUACAUGUCGUGUUACAUGUCGUGUUACAUGUCGUGUUACAUGUCGUGUUACAUGUCGUGUUACAGGUCGUGUUACAGGUCGUGUUACAGGUCGUGUUACAUGUGGUGUUACAUGUGGUGUUACAGGUCGUGUUACAUGUCGUGUUACAGGUCGUAUUACAUGUCGUGUUACAUGUCGUGUUACAUGUCAUGUUACAUGUCGUGUUACAUGUCGUGUUACAGGUCGUGUUACAUGUCGUAUUACAUGUCGUGUUACAUAUCGUGUUACAUGUCGUGUUACAUGUCGUGUUAGAUGUCGUGUUACAGGUCGUGUUACAGGUCGUGUUACAGGUCGUGUUGCAUGUCGUGUUACAUGUCGUGUUACAUGUCGUGUUACAUGUCGUGUUACAUGUCGUGUUACAUGUCGUGUUACAUGUCGUGUUACAUGUCGUGUUACAGGUCGUGUUACAGGUCGUGUUACAUGUCGUGUUACAUGUCGUGUUACAUGUCAUGAUUAUGUUACAUGUCGUGUUACAUGUCGUGUUACAUGGCUAGAACUUGCAACGUAAUUUCUGACACAGCCAAUGGGUUGAAAGCAGUGACAGAAAACGGUCGUUCAAGUUCCACUCGUAUUUUUAGUUUUCUUGCCUGUUAGUCUGUUAGGAUAUACUGUACAACGUGACCCCUGUACUUUUCACAUAAGAUGGCUUUGUGUUAGAAAUUGCGUUGCAAGUUGCAAAACUGAAAGGUUGCCUCCUACGCUGUUGAAGUAUUUAUGCGGAACAAUCCAAUAUCGAAAUAAAAAUACCAAUGAUAUCUUGCCAAAAGAUUGAAGAUUGAGAUUUCUAUAUGAAUGCACUCAUUCGAGUAUUUUCUUAAAUUUAGGAUCAUCAGAUCUGUGCAUUUUGAAGCUCCAAUAAGUUUUGAAGGAACGAUGCCGAUGUAUUAUUGUUUUGUGGUGUUGUUACUUGCAUUGCAGGUUUGUGGUCGGGAGUAAAGUACUUAGAGCUAAAAAUCCACUUCAUAGACGGAUGUUCAGAUAUUGCUGCGGGGGGAGCGUGCCGAAUAAUAUAGGGUGGAGGUGAGCGACGGGGUGCGUAGCGCUGCCGAACAAGCUCCAGCGGGGUAAGUGGUGAAGCCCCCAGGAAAUUUGGGAUUUUUAGGUCUGAGAAAUUUAGGAUUUCCGUUUUAAUCCAAUGAGCAUUUAAAUUUCUGGAGGGGGAAGGGAUGCAAAAUGACCUAGAAUUAGACCACACCUUUACACUGAUCAGUUUUUGGGUUGAAGUAUUUCCAAAUAUAUUCUUGAUUAACCUUGUAUGAAUCGAUUUUAAUUCCCUGUCAAUUCGUUUAGGCAAUGCAUAUAUUUUGGUUUUAUCUUAUUGCUCGAAUGGCAUAUUCAUUCCUGGUCAAAGGCAAGGUAAGAUGUGAAAUGAGUGCAACCUCGUUCCCAGGCCUUUUUUGAAAAUGCGGCGAAAUGAACGGUACCACUUUGAAUUUACCACUGGUUUCCACAUUUAGACUUGGAGAGUAAAAUGUUUUUACUACAGUACAAAGAUAUUGAGGUUACAUUUGGGUUUCGUAUCAUGCGUACUUUUUGCUUCUGUACGUAUGUCAAAAGCAAGACCGAACAACCAGUUGUUCAAGUUGUUAUAGGGUAUUCUGUUAUCAUGGUAUUCGAGCUCAGGGGCACAAUGGUUGGGAGGUUGUGUGGGGGGGGGGACCCCCUCAAAGUUUAAAAAUGGUAUGACACUCGGGCAAAUUUUACCUAGUGUUGGGCUGUAUGUCAGGCAAAGUUGGUGAUGCCAUCUGAGGUAAAGACAGAAAAGUUCAUGAAUUUCAUAGCAGAUUGAUUGGUGACCACGAAGAACCCACACCCCCUAAUGUACAGUUAUUAAGUUGCGCCCCUAGGGUUCGAGCCAAAAGGUUUUUAGGACUGAAAUAUGCAAGCAGGAAAAGCUGAAAUAUGGUGUUGGCAACAUAAUAUUUCGCCUAAUAUUUCCCCUAAUAUUUCGCCAAGUAUCCUUGAUAGUAAUAAGUUAGAGCAUUGGUCCGAGUGUAACUUUGUACUUAGUAUCACAUCUUCAUUAUCGUGCUGUAGUUGUUUACGUGUUUGCUGUAACCUAAUGUUUUUGAAUUGAGACCGCAGUACCUGGCUUUCUAUGUUGCGGAGUCCCAUGAUGAC